GUAAUCUGAGCCUUCAGUGCAGCCAUCGCUGUAUCGGGUGCAUUGUUUGUUGCCUCUCUCACCAGCGAUCGGCAGACACAGCAUACCAGGGGGGGGCGGCAAUGUUCCUGGUAGGUCGCCUCCGGUCGAUCGGAAUGGCCGGCAAUAGAGUGUUGUCGGGGCAAUGGGUAUUCGACACAUCGCAGGAGGUUCAAGUGGUCCAACGGCGGGAGUGGGGGAUCACCAGCACGCAGGUGCGAGCCGGGGAGGCGAGCCAUCGAGGUCUGCUGAUCGCCAAUCGAAGCACAGGGAAAGAAUAUCCGUUUCCUUUCCUUCUGCCGGCGGGGAUAGACCACCGACUCAAAGGCAGGCCCGUGCAGCAUCGCAGACAACGGUGAGGCAAGACACAUUUGUCUGUAAUCGAGAAUGCAGCAAGGAGGAGCCCGCCAUUGCGGGAGGGACUGCGGACACAGUUAUGAACGGCGGACAAAGGUCUUGCACGAUAGUGCCGAGCGGGGGAGGAGGUGGAACAACACAAGCGGAGGUGGUAGCGACUACUGCUGAUCGGCGAAAGGGGGGGGAAGUCAUCGGCGCCACCGAAGAAAAACAUACUGUGGACGUUGGAGGAACGAGUGCUUCUAGAAGGCGUUACGACAGGAUUGCAGACCGGAUGAAAGAGGAGGGGUACGUACGCACAGGAGAGGAUUGCCGGAAGAAAUGGGCCGAGCUGCAUAAGAAGGUUCGGGAAAUUAGGGAUGCAUGCGAAGGAUCGGGCAAAAAGUCAUACUGGGACUUAACCACGGAUGAAGGAAAGAAGUUGAACAUCAGUCAGACUUUUGAGAGGCCAUUGUGGGAUGCCAUGGAGUGGUACCGCCUGAAGGCAAUAUUCACCAUGGACAACACAAUGGCGUCCGAGGAUUUGAGAGGGAGCGGUUCUGCACUGGGCAGCAAGGCGGGGUUUGAAGGCGGGGGGACCGAAGCUUCCGAUAGUGCUCCGAAGACUCGCAGGUCUAGCUCAGGGAGAGUUCGCGAGGGCGAAUCAGCGCCGACCAUGUCGUCGAUGGCGACAACUAUGGAGGUCUGAUAGGACGAAUCAGCGCCGACCGCUCAAACGGUUUGCGAAGGUCUGAUAGGGCUGUCGAGAAGCUGGCUCAAGCAACUAGGGAGGGGGCUGCUAUGAGGGCGGCACGGUAGAGGACGCGGACCUAGCCCUGGAGAACAGGGGGGGGGGGGGGGGGCAUGAACCCUCAUACCACAUAGAUCACGCGAGGUCGGAAAGCUUGGAGUGGGUGGGGUUUUGUGUUUUCUUCUGGCCCACCAAACAAAACCAAACAGAAGAA